UAGAGGUUGGUAGGUUUACCUCAAUAUCCACAUGAGCACAUACACGCGUAUGUCCUUUUGGUUUUUGAAAUCAUCAUUAACUGAACUAACAACCCCGCUACUCAUACGAUCCCGCUUGUCUCUCGGCUUCAACCUCACAAUUCUCCAUGGCAAUAGAGCUAAAGGCUUCACUCUAACACUGAGGAGUGCAACCGACUCGAUAUCCAGCAGCCAUGUCGGCGCCGGCUGGUCUGCGGCAGCACUGCGCAUUGGGCCGCGCCAUAGCCGUCGUCGCCAUCUGCCUCCUCGUCAUCGUCGGCACGUACCUUCUAUCUUCUCCGGCCGCCGGCGACGGCGACACGGAGGAGGAGUUCUUCAGCGUGAGGCGCCGCCGUCGUUCAUCGGUCGACGCCGGCGACGACGAUCUGGAGGCGGCGGUGCGCGGGGCGGCGUACGCGAACGGGACGCUGAUCGUGAGCGUGCUGAACAGGGCGUACGCCGACGAGGACGGCGGCCUGCUCGACCUCUUCCUCCGGAGCAUGAGGGAAGGGGAGGGCACCGAGCAGCUCAUCGCCCACGUCCUCCUCGUCGCCAUGGACCGGCCGGCCUUCCUCCGCUGCAGGCGCCUCGGCGGCGUCCGGUGCUACCAGCUCCCGGCGGCGCAGGACGGCGCCGACGACCUCUCGUCGGAGCAGCUCUACAUGUCCGACGGCUUCAUACGCAUGAUGUGGCGACGCAUUCGCCUCCUCGGCGACGUCCUCAAGCUCGGCUACAGCUUCAUCUUCACCGAUUUGGAUGUGAUGUGGCUGAGGAACCCGUUGUCGAGGCUGGAGUACAGGGCGGAGGAGGAGGACCUCCUGAUCAGCUCCGACCAGUUCAACGGCCGCCCCGGCGACAUCGCCGGCAACGAGCUCAACACCGGCUUCUUCUUCGUGGCCUCCAACAACCGCACGGCGGCGCUGUUCGACGAGUGGCACGCGGCGCGGGACCGCUCGGCGGGAAUGAAGGAGCAGGACGUGCUCAACGACAUGAAGCGCCGCGGCGCGCUCCGCCGCCUCGGCGUCCGCGCCCGCGUCCUCGACACGGCGCGCUUCAGCGGCUUCUGCCAGGACAGCCGCGACGCCCGCGAGGUCGCCACCGUGCACGCCAACUGCUGCCGGACCAUGCGCGCCAAGGUCGCCGACCUCGCGGCCGUCCUCGCCGCGGCGCGGCGGCGCCUCGACGGCGACGGCGCGUCGCCGGUGCUCAGGUGGCCGCCGCACUCCCAGUGUGUCAAGUCAUGGGAGUGAGGCGACACACACACACACAGAAUGGUCGUGAGCUAACAGCUGCUACUACUGAUUAUUUUUUUUUGUUCAAAAGCUGAAGAACAAUACUACUACAGUAUGAAAGUUGCAGAGAGAAAUGGAAUUUUAUAACAACAUAUGUGGCAUAUCAAGAUUGGUUCUGAACUUAAUGUUAUACAUAGGGAACCCUGCAUUUCUUGUACUUGCCAUAUAUAUACAGGGAGUCCUGCAUUUGAGCUCUA